AUGUUCCGAGAUUUCGGGGAAGCGGGGCCCAGUUCCGAGGGCGGCCCGUACGGUGCCCCUCAGCAGCCACCCACCACUACCAGCCAGCAGAAGUUCCAUUUCAUCCCCACCCUCAACGCGGUCAGCAGCAGCCAGGAGUUUCAAUGGAUGACGCAGCCCCGGUACUUGGGGCCCAGUAGCAACUACUCCCGGCCUCUCCCCUACCAGCCCUACGGGCUCCAGGGGCGUCCUGGGGUCAUUCGGGCCGUGGGGCCCCCCGCUGGAGUUCGGAGGAGGCACAGCGAGCAGAUAAGUCCCGAGGAGGAGGAGAGGAGGAGGGUCAGGCGGGAGAGAAACAAGCUGGCAGCGGCCAAAUGCCGCAACAGGAGGAAGGAGCUGACUGACUUCCUUCAGGCAGAGACGGAUAAACUAGAAGAAGAGAAAUCAGAGCUUCAGAAGGAGAUUGAGGACCUGCAGAAGCAGAAAGAGAGGCUGGAGCUGGUGCUGGAGGCUCACAGGCCCGUGUGCAAGGUCCCCAACGAGUCAGAGGAAGAGGCUGAGCCUCCGGAAAGACCCUCGGGCAGCGCCCCAGCUCCUCUCCGGCGCCGGCCCCAGAUCUCCCUCUCCCCUGGUCCCGUUUUGGAGCCUGAAGCCCUGCACACUCCCACUCUCAUGACCACCCCCUCCCUGACCCCUUUUACUCCCAGCCUGGUCUUCACCUACCCAGGGACCCCGGAGCCCUGUGCCUCUGCCCAUCGUCGAAGCAGCAGCAGCAGUGGGGACCCCAGCUCUGACCCCCUGGGUUCUCCCACGCUUCUGGCCCUCUGAGCCCUUUGGCUCUCCAAGAUGCCCAGUCAGCCCAGGCUUCCCCCUUUCUGUUUGGACCCUCCAUCCUGGCCUAGCAUGUUCCCGGGCAUCUUGCCUGGGCACCCUUUGUCCUUGCUUCUCCCGAGCAUCUCGGGGACCGUGGAGGCUCUCCAGCCACCUCCCAGGGAUCAGCCCAAGGCUGAUCCUCUUCAAAGCCUGGAACAUUCAAGGGCCUACUGUGCGCAGGAAGGUCUACUGUUUAAGGAGCAUUUGUGGCUGCUCCCCUCCUCUGCCACACAGCUCAAGAGAACCCCAGGACAGAGCUGCCUGCGUUCCUGUCCCUCUGAGGUUCCCUGCCAAGCUCCCUCCAAGGCCCCAACCCCCUCCAAACGGAGCACUGCCUCUUAGCCCUUUGGCUUUCCGUGGGACCAACUUCCUUCCUUGUGGCGUGUCGUGGCGUAUACAAGUUAGAACACUAACCCCCCCGAUCCCUUCCCAGCAGCACAGGUGAUGUGGAGCCCCCUCCCACCCUGCUCUGGUGCCCUUCUUCUCCCUGGGCAGGGCCUACCUCUGAAGAAGAGCUCGGAGGCCUCUUUGAUGGACUGGAGUGGUCCUCAGCCCUCUGGGCUCCCAGAGGCUGCCCCCCAACCUUCACAUGGAACCCACUCCUUUUCCUGAGAGGCUGCUAUUUAUUUUCCUAAAGAGACUAUUUUUGUACAAAUUGGCCAAAUGGAAUAAAAGGACUAAAGGCUGGUUUUGGGUGGCGUCUCCCUGGGCAGAGGAAAUGCAGACUAGCUGGGAGGGACAAGGGAUGCCAGGCCGGCGUCCUUACACCUUGGAACACAGGAUGUCAUAGCCCAGAGGGAUCUUAGAACACAGAAUGGCAGGCCAGGCUGUGACCUUGGAACGCAGAACACACAAUGUUAGAGCUGGAAUGGACUUCAGACAUCAUCUACCUUCAUUUUAAAAAUGGAGAAACUGAGGCCAAGAAGAGAGCAUGGAAGUGGCCCAGAUCAGGUGGCUAAGACCCAAGAGAGCACUUCCAGAGAUGGCAGGAAGCUGGGCAGUGUGGGCAUGGGGGGGUUUGCCUCUCCCACUGGGAUGGUCUCCGCAUUAGCCAGGAAGGAGCAAAGCCCCACAAUCGCCACCAGCUCCCUGCGAUCUCAGGCCCCAAGGUCUCCUGCCCCUUGGCCUGCUCUGAAGUCCCGGGGGGAGGGGGCUCACCUCGGGUUCCUCUUUAUCUGGCCCUUAAACCCCACCACCUGCUUCCUGCCCCAUUGUCUUAGGCAGAAACAUCCUGAUCUGGGCAGGAAGGAGCCUGGAUAGGGUGGGGGCUCCUCCUCAGGGCUUGGCUGGGGGCCUAAUUUGGCCCCAGAGCUCUCCAGACCCCUCUGGGCCUGGGGAAGAGAUCCUCCCUGGCAUACAGCCGAGGGCAGCUUCCUGUCCACCCCAUCUAGGCCUCUGGGUUGGAGGGGAGGCAGCCAGAGGUCAAGGUCUUCUGGGGGAUUGGAGGGGAGGGUUUGGGGAGGGCCGGGGAGGGAGGGGGCUGGGCAGCUUCUCCCGAGGGGCCAGGCUCCCCUCAGUUCCCCCUUUCCCCAAGGGCCCCCAAACAGACGCUGGGUCCAGGCCCGAGGGCUGGGAUCUCUCGCAGUUUUAUUGCCCGAGGGCGCGCCCACCCGCUGGCUCAGUCGUCUGGAGAGCAGGCCAGCUGCAGCUGGUCGGGGCUGCCCACGCUGCCCGUGCUCGAGCUGCCGUCUCCCACGUCCCGGGCUCCGCACGGGGGCAGCCCCAGCUCUGGCCCCGGGCCGCCGGCCGGGCC